GUGCGCGCGCGUAUGUGUGUGUGUCCGUCCGCGGGGGGCGGAGAACGCUCCGCGGUGGGGCGCGAGUGGACGCGGAGCUCGGGCGGCGGGAGGGGGCCCGCGGAGGCCGGGGGGGGGGGGGGCCGGCGGCGGCCGAGCGGCGGGUAGCGAGGAGGGGGGGAGUGGAGUGAAGGCGAGAUGAGCGCUAGGCUCCCCUUGGGCACAGAGCCGCCCUCAACAGCCGCCGCUUGUGAAUGAACUGAGGCAAGGCCGCCCGCCGGGUGCCCCCCUCCCCUUCUCCUUCCCCUCCUUCCCCUUCUCCCCCGGCUUGCCCGCCCGUCGGCGCCCCACCGCGGCCGUCCCCGCCUGCCCCCGGCUUCCCUGCCCCCACGCACCUUCGGGAGCGCGGCCCUGCCCGCCGCAGCCGGCGCCGUCCACCGCGGCCGGGAGAACUGAAGGAAGGCCAUCAUGGGAGCAUUUUUAGACAAGCCAAAGAUGGAGAAGCAUAAUGCCCAGGGACAAGGGAAUGGGCUUCGUUACGGUCUAAGUAGUAUGCAAGGCUGGCGAGUUGAAAUGGAGGAUGCACAUACAGCUGUGAUUGGUUUGCCAAAUGGACUUGAUGGAUGGUCAUUUUUUGCUGUAUAUGAUGGGCACGCUGGAUCACAGGUUGCCAAGUACUGCUGUGAGCAUUUAUUAGAUCACAUCACAAGCAACCAGGAUUUUAAAGGGCCAGAUGGGCCUCCAUCUGUGGAAAGUGUAAAGAGCGGCAUCAGAACAGGUUUUCUGCAAAUUGAUGAACACAUGAGAGUCAUCUCUGAGAAGAAACAUGGUGCAGACAGAAGUGGGUCAACAGCUGUGGGUGUCAUGAUUUCUCCCCAACAUACAUACUUCAUCAACUGUGGAGACUCGAGAGGUUUACUCUGUAGAAACAGGAAGGUUCACUUCUUCACGCAGGAUCACAAACCAAGUAAUCCACUGGAGAAAGAGCGUAUACAGAAUGCAGGUGGCUCUGUAAUGAUUCAGCGUGUGAACGGCUCUCUUGCAGUUUCAAGGGCACUUGGGGACUUUGAUUACAAGUGUGUCCAUGGGAAAGGUCCUACAGAACAGCUAGUCUCACCUGAGCCUGAAGUUUAUGAAAUUGAGAGAUCAGAAGAAGAUGAUCAGUUCAUCAUACUGGCUUGCGACGGUAUCUGGGAUGUUAUGGGAAAUGAAGAGCUGUGUGACUUUGUAAGAUCCAGACUUGAAGUCACUGAUGACCUUGAGAAAGUUUGCAAUGAGAUAGUUGACACCUGCUUGUACAAGGGAAGUCGAGACAACAUGAGUGUGAUAUUGAUCUGUUUUCCGAAUGCACCAAAGGUAUCACCAGAGGCGGUGAAAAGAGAGGCAGAGUUGGACAAGUACCUGGAAAGCAGAGUAGAAGAGAUCAUAAAGAAGCAGGGUGAAGGAGUCCCAGACUUAGUCCACGUGAUGCGUACAUUAGCCACUGAGAGCAUCCCAAACCUCCCGCCAGGGGGUGAAUUGGCAAGCAAACGGAGUGUGAUUGAAGCCGUUUAUAAUAGACUGAACCCCUACAGGAAUGAUGAUACUUCUGGAUUAUGCAGAAAUUUCUGUAAAUAUGGGCACUCCAGACUUUAAAGGGUUCCUUCUGUUUUCUUUAAGGAUUCUGCCUCAACUGAUGAUAUGUGGUAAAACUGCUCAUCUAGCUGUGGAAAUCACGUUUCAUCCUUCAAAUGAAAGUGCACCCCAACCUCAGUGACCCUUCUUAACAUCCAUCCUCAACCUUGGUUAAAGAAGGGAAUAUGAUGUGUUGGUGAGAGGACUACAGCAGUGCGACAUCUAGCCGAGGAACUGAUCUUUUUGUAAAACAGACUUCUGUAAACGUGAUUUCAAACCGUAAUUAAUGUUGUAAAUCAGACUCCAGCAAUUUAUGUUGUAUGAUUUUGUUUUUUGUAAAGUGCAAUUGUCUUGUACAAAAUGCUCAUAUUUAAUUAUGAACUGCUUUAAAUCACUAUAAAGGUUAGAAGAAAUGUUUGGCUUGUGUGAUGCAACAAUAUAUAUCCCUUUAAUUCAUGUUGUGGUUUUGGAUUGCAAGGAGCAGCAGCCUAGCCAGCUAGGUGUUCAAGAGGUGCUCAAAACUAUAAAGACAACUUUUUGUUUUAUAUGAAAGCUGUCUUGUGGGCAACUUAUGAGAAACUGCAGUGUGUGAAUUUGCUUGGCGAUGGAAACGUAACUAAGAGUAGUGAACAUUCUUCAGCAAACAUGAAUCCAUUUCUUGGAUGCAUUCCUGCUCUCACAUUGAGUUAAAGGGAGUUCUGAUUUUGACUUCAGUGGGAGUUAAAUCAUGCCCCAUUAAUAGUAUCGUGUUACAUACAUACCUUGGGAUUAGAAUGCCUUGACUCUCUGCACCUCUUUUUUUCAUUAACCCUUACCUGAAACUACUAAUCACUGAGCAUGAACAGGCAGCUUUCUACACACAGUAGGAGUCUGCAGCAUUUUUACAAUCCUGAUUGGCUGGGUCUGCUGCUGUUCCAAGUAAAAUAACUUUGAAUUCCAUUUUAUCAAUAAAGCUUGAUUUAACAAACAAGAAAUUUAUCCAUAAAUGUGUAAUUCCUUUUUUCCUGCCUUUUAAAAUGUCAGUGCCAUUGUAGAUGAUAUUUUACUUGUGGAAGAAUAUUUUUUUAAUUGGUAGCCCAUUUUUAAAAUGGGAAGGAUUUUGAUUAUUGCCCAAGACAUAGCCAUAUGCUAAAGGAUGAUGUGGGAUUAAUCCAUUACCCUAUUUUUUAGAAGCGUGGGGGUUUUCAGGCUUUUUGGUGGUUUAUUUGGGUUUUUUCUCCCCACUGAAGGUGUGCAUUGGUUUGAAUUUGCCUGCUGUUUGAUAAAAACACAUUUGUCAAAGCCUGACAAUCUUUAACAUUUUAUGGUGUGUGUUUUUAAUUGACCCACUUAGAAUGAGAGACUAGUGGUUAAACAGUACUUGUGAUUUGAGAUAUAGCAUGUUGACAAUAUUUAACUGUUCGUUGUUUAAAAUUCUAAUUUAAAAUUUUAUAAGAUAAUAAACUAAUUUGAUUUAAGCUUAGCUUUUUCCCAUUAAGCAUACAAAAACUAAGUUUUUGAGUCAGUCGUGUUUGCAAAACUGCUGUUUUGUGCACCUUGUAUUGUCUUUUUGGUUGAGAAUAUUGUAUUUAGUAUGUAGUUUACUCAUUUAGUAGGCAGAUUCCCAAAAAGGAAAAUCAGUAAAACAAGUAGAUUGUAACAUUUACUGCAGUUAAACAGAAUCAGAACUUGGUGUAUAAUUACUUUUUUGAUAGGAAAAUGUAGUACAAUGCAUUUUGCUAUAUUUGUCUUUCCCUAACUUUGAAAUAUACAUAUUUGUAUAUAUAGCCUUAAAACUAAUGCAGAGUUAGGGAACACUGAACAGUGAAAAAGUAACUUACAGUGUCUUGGAACUUAGUAUAUACCAGCAAACUUUUCUUUUAUCCCUCUUGUCUAUGUGGGGUGCUUAAACGUAACUUCAUUGUAUUCAGUUUGUAAUCUGUUCAAGCAUGAAUGAAGAAAACAUGAGCACUAUUUGUAUUUAUAAAUUUAUAGCAUUUUUUGCUUAAAGAACCAGUUCCUUACCUACCUAUGAAUAAAUGCUUAAAAUGUCUAAUUUUGUUGUAGAGUGCAAAACUACAAUAAUGUUAACUUAUAGCUUCACAGGCACCUAAUUAACAAGCAUAUUUGAUAAUACAUGGUGUAUUAGUGCAAAACGCUAAACUUAAUUUAGGACUAGGCAGAUAAAGUUCUGUCCUUUUUACGUAGAGACUGAAGUUUAGUUUUGGAAACUGCAAAACUUUGAACUGGACUGUGGAACCUUUGAGUUUUAGACUAAAAUCUGAAGGAAAACUGUGGUGUGAAAAGCCAUACUUCAAACAAUAAUCACCUAAACUGUCUCAGUGACAAAUGUUGUAUUUGAAGCCUCUUCUUGGAGGUCUCCUAAAGGUUAGAAAGAAAAUAAUUCUGCUAUUGCUACAGGCGAUGUUACUUGGUUUGAGGGUAGCAGAAGAAAGCCCGUUUCAGGCCUUUCUCUCUCCCACCUAUGUUCAGCAUUUUGUUAGGUCAGAGCACUGAAUCUACUAUGUAUGCAUAAACACUGCCAUUUUAGAUACAGAUUUUGAUUAAAAAUGUACGGAUUAAGUAUAUCAGGUAUCCUAGAAAAGAGGCAAGCUGUACUUUUCACUGCUCUGAAAAGGAAAAGGCACUUUUGCACCUUUGUGCAUCUAGUUCUUGCACCAGAAACUUUUUUUAAAUACUAAAAACAUUAGCACCUCAGGGGCAAGGCAGCGAUUUUUUUGAAGUAUUGUGUGCUAUUUAUUUCCCUCUUGGAAAAAGAUUCCUGUGUGACAAAAAUGAAAUUUGUGUGAUGUUAAAAGAUGUAUUUUUAAAUACAUGUUCAAAUAGGAUGGUCCCAAUUUGCUUGUUUUUAAAAGGAAAUUACAUUUGUAAAGCUACUCUGCUUCGUAUGCCAUGCAGCUUUGUUUUCCCUCUACAUAUGACAGCUUCACUGGCUUCAGUUUCUGUGUGUUUUGUUAUAGUCAGAUUAAAUGUUUCACUGAUCA